AUGCUCUUUUCCACUCUCAGACGAAGAACACCGGCAGACCCAAUUGAGGCCACGGAAGACCAGGAGACGCCAUCUCAGACCUCCAGGGGGCGCUUCAUCAUCUUUCCGGCCAUUAUUCCACGCAAGAGCUGUUCCUCGUUGCUUAUAUCGGCUAGGAAAGGACAGCUGACAAGUCCGUCUUCAAAGAAAUCCCUGCAGGAUGCACUUGAGCAAUAUCUCUAUUCCACCGAGGAUCCUCCACCUAAGACUUUUCUCGAGACUCUGGUAGAUGCGAUUGGGGUUCCAGCAACUCUGUUCGACAAAGAUAACAAGCAAGUCACUCACUCUGAAGACUCGGAUGCAUUCAUAAGCAACCCUCCCCCCGGAGCAAGUAGUACAAUCCCCCCAAAGUCUGUCAGAUUCAGACAGGAAACUCAGUCAUUGAGACGGAAUCAAGAUCUUCUCCAAGCGACAAACCAAAGGCAACACCAUGUUUACCUCCAGUUCAGUUGGCCUACCCAAGUACACGAUUCAGAACCACAAAUCUUGAAAUCUCUAACUCAAUUUCGUGAACUGGAAGACCGGGACUAUUUUGUGCCCUCAGCCAGAUUUCCCUUCCCCUCGACCUGGAACAAACACACCUCUGGACAACCCCUUUGA